GGAAAUCCUUCGGAGGCCCUCCAUCACCGGCAAAAGUGUCAAGUAUGGAGAAGGUCGAUUCGCAGCCGACCAUGUCUGUGAAGAAUGGUGCAGCCGUCUUCGAUCGAUCGAUCACAUCCCCUAAGCCUCAGGAGCUGGAGGAGAAGAAGCCUGCACCGCCUCCCAAACCUGCUUUAGAACCACUAAAUCUGCCUCCAACAUCCCCUUCCAAGACGAUUCCGGCAAAAACCGUACCGAUCGAGCCCGUUGCAGCUGCGAGCCCGUCCCCAUUGACAUCGCCCACACGCUCUCCUUCCAAGAGCGGCUCAGAUGUUUCUGCCAUGCUAAAGGAUUUCUUCGGCAAUGAGCGACCCAGGCGAGAGUAUCGCGCAGACGCUGCCGAGAUCUUGAUGAACCGACCCAGGAGCGGAUCCACCGUACAAACGCAGAAGGCGCAGCUCUACCAGAUCACGGAGCAAGGCAAACGAGUUCCCGUGCCGAACCACCAUGAGCGCGUGCUUUUUGAGCGUGAGAUGUAUCUCUGCUCACACACUUUCACCAAUGCUGCGCGCAAGAAGGUUCAGGAGGUAUACUUCUGGGCAGGCGACGAGGUUCCGUUGUCGGUGAUCGAGGACGCACAAGUCUUUGUGAACCGUGAAGCGAGGUCACUGGGCGGGACACUGAUCAAGAUGUCCCAGGGCAAAGAGACGGCCGAGUUCAUCCAGGCACUCGGUGGUAUUAUCAC